CUGCUCCCCUCUCUCUAUAUAUAGAAUCACGUCGAUUCACACGUUUCUCCUCAUCCCACAUCUGCUGCUCGAUCGUCUCUUCCCUCCCGGCCGUGCCUCGUCUCCACACAGUGCCGAGGGAGAGGAUCGAUCGAUCAGAUGGCAGGCUGCAACGGCAACUCAUCCGCCUCGCCCGUGGAACAACAGACGGUCACCGAGAACAAGUUCGGAGGAAUUGCACCUAAGAAGCCUCUGAUUUCAAAGGACCAUGAGCGCGCCUAUUUCGACUCCGCAGACUGGGUCCUUGGCAAGCAUGCUGCAAGCAACAGUGCACAGGCCACAGCAAUCGAGUCCUUGAAGCCAAAGCUAAAGAGGACGCCCCAUCACCAGCUUCCCCCUCGCAAGCCGGCCUGCGCGUCCAGCUGAUCGAGCCAAUGCGACGAGGUUGUGGCAUGUGGGAUCAUCGGAGUAGCCGAAGCGGUCAGGGGAAUGGAAGAAGCUGGCCUUGAUCUGUGGUUUAGUUUGUUGCCUAUGUUAUGGAGCGGUAGAUUCAGGGUUGAAAUUUGCAGUUGGACUCUUGGUUCUCUCAGCUUGAGACUAUCAGCAUAGGCUAGAAACAUACAUUUGUAAUGGCUUCGGCAGUUUGGCUUCGGAUGUUGUUUGGUUUCAAAUAUUUUUCAGUCAGAAAUUAACUCAUUAUCUCUUGGAAAAUUGCACGCAGUAUCUAGUAUCAA